AUGCAAGAAAAUCGUCACGCCGAAAUACGCGUGAACACAAACACAGACCUUUUCAACUUUCUUUUAAUAUCGUCUGAUCCUACAAUUACAGCAUUAAGAUCUCAGACUAAAGUACCAUCGACUAAAUUACCUUCAGCUGCCAUUGAAUUAUUACAUAUUGAAAAGUCUGAAGCCAACGAUCGAGAUGAGUCUAAUGGAGAGGAAGAUGAAACAAGUAGUGACUCAGAUUAA